GCUUUACGACACUUUGCGACAGCACUGUCGUUAAGUGUCAUGGCGGCGCAGGGAGUCAGUUUUGAGAGUACGAGCUACAUCGAAGAAAGAAAGGAUAAUAAACGUCAGGCGCGAGAAGAGGCGUUAGAAAAGGCCAAGCAGCAGUAUGAUAAGGAAGAAAGGAGGAAGGAGCUGAAGAGGCUGAGGGGAGAGGACACGUGGAUGCUCCCCGAGAUCAACCAGAGGCUGCAGGAGAUAGAGGAAGAUGGGUCUGUGAAGAGCAAGAAGAAGAAAGAGAAGAAAUCUAAAAAGAAAAAGGAAAAAAAGAAGAAGACCAAGAAGGAGAAGACAACAGGAGAUGGCUCCAAUGACAGCUCAGAGGACUCGGGGGACGAGUGGGUUGAGGCUCAAACACAAGCUGCUAAAGCCUGGCAGGUGGCUGGUGAGUCCAAACCUCCAGAGAGCAACCUCAACCCUGCACACAAUGUCGAGAGAGACGAAUGGAUGACCUUUGACUUCCUGGCAAUGAAAACCACGUCUACAGCGGAGAAGAGGGCCGAGAAAGAGCGACUGAAAGAUGAGGAGAGGGCAAAGGCGCAAGCCAUUGAGCAGGCUGGUUUACACAAAUUGGAGCUAAACCCAUACUGGAAAGAUGGAGGAACUGGUUUGCCCCCGGGGGAAAUGGCUGGUACACCAGCUAAGAAAGCAGGGUCGAUUGUGAACGAUGCUGGUCUGAGCUGGCUGAGGAAGAGCUACCAGAGGAUGAAGGAGACGGCGGAGAGGCAGCAGCGCAGCCUCAACGACGUGGUGGCUGAGCGAUACGGAUCAAUGGAGGAAUUUCAGCAAAGACUGGCGGAGGCAGAGGAAGCGGUGUACGGACAAAGCAGAGGAGGUGAAAGCGGCAGACCUGCGAGAGGCGGGUGGAGGAAAGGCGGCAACGAGGCCAGAGAGAGGUGGAGGAGAACAGAUGGAGAUGGGGCGGAGAGAGAGCGGAGGGGAAGAAACGAAGGGAAUUCCUCACCCACAGACACGGACAGACACCGUGCUGGUAGAGGUGGGGAGCGGGGAGGAUAUCUAGAGAGAGGGAGAGGUCGAGACGAAGGCAGGUUUAGAGAUAGGUAUGGAGGAAGAGAUGAUGAAAGAGAGAUGGACGGAGGAAGAGAUGAUGAAAGAGACAUUGAUGGAGGAAGAGGAAGAGAUGACGAAAGAGGGAGGGACGGAGGAAGAGGCAGAGAAAGGAAGAGGGACGCAGGGACAGACAGAGAAAGAGAUGAUGAACAAGAGAGUGAUGGUGAAAACAAUAGAAAGAAAAAUCGAGAAACUUCUGCGUCAUCAUCCGGUCAAAACUGGAGUCCGCGUCCUCCCUCUCUUGGCUCACUCAAAAGCCGAUUCCUCAAGCCCUCCGACGACGACGAUGAGCACGGUGAAGCUCCACAGCGACGUCCUCCGCGCGCACGCCCGUCCACGGGAUUCCUAAAGCCGCGCUCCGACGAUGAGGACUCUGGUCCGCGUGGUAGCAACAGGCCGGCCCGGGAGCAGGGCGGCCAUCCGCCACGGGAAUCUGAGGAGAAAGAGAGGGAUCCUGGGAAAACCGUCACUGCUCCAGAUGACGGUCCGCGUGCUGGAAAAGCCGCCGUCACGACGUCCAGGAGUGAGAGUGACAGCGAGGAGGAGGAAGAGGAGGAAGAGCUUCCACUGCUGUCGGAGGAGGAGAUGAACCGACUGGGAGCCAAAUUGGUGAAGGCGGAGAUCAUGGGCAACGCGGCCAUGGUUGAGAAGCUGAGAUCACAGCUGGACGCGGCACACAAAGCCAAAGAGAACCACGCCGCCCGGAAGAUCCUGCAAGACACGGCGAAAUCCAAGCAGGUCACAGUUGACGCAAGCGAAGACCAGGAUGUCCUGCUGUUCAGAACCGACCAUUCAGGUCGCGCCUGGCCUGUCAACGACCCCUCUGGACCCCAGGAACCCCGCGGAGGCCGGCGGAAGAAGAAAGCGAUUGAGACCCAUGUUGACGGGGAGCGCGUGCGCUACUUCCAGGAUGAUGACAGCGUGGGUCUGAAGGAGAUGGUGAGGAGGGAGAAGAUGAGCACUCCACAGGAUCAGACCGCCCUCUACUCUCGCAUGGCUUCCAAGAUGAUGGGCAAGACGGACGGUGACAACUACACGCUGGACGACAUGUUUGUGUCGAGCGCGGCGCAGCGGGAGGGCGAGGGGAGGGAGGAGGAGAGGAUGAGGAGCAGAGCCGUCGGGGAGAGCAGGAGGCUGGCCGCCUGCAUGGAGAAAUGCCAGCAGUGCUUCAGCAGCCCAGAGCUCCAGAAGCACCUCAUAGUGGCAAUAGGGAGCAAGGUGUACUUGAGCCUCCCUGCGGGAAUGUCGAUGGCCGAGGGCCACUGUCGAAUCUGUCCGCUCCAGCAUCACUGCUCCGCCACCGGAUUGGAUGAGGAUGUGUGGACAGAAAUGCAGCUUUUCCGGCGAACUUUGGUGCAGAUGUUUGAGUCCCAGGAGCUGGACUGUGUGUUCAUGGAGACACACAUGAACCUACGCAGAAGACAACACAUGGUCCUGGAGUGCAUCCCACUACCCCGAGAACUGGGCGACAUGGCGCCCAUAUACUUUAAGAAAGCUAUAAUGGAGUGUGAUGAGGAAUGGGCCAUGAACAAGAAAGUCGUCGAACUGUCUUCGAAAGACAUCCGCCAUUCUGUUCCUCGAGGUUUGCCCUAUUUUGCCGUGGACUUUGGACUUCAGGGAGGGUUUGCUCACGUCAUAGAAAAUGAACAAAAAUUCCCCCAUUACUUCGGCAAGGAAGUGGUGGGAGGCAUGAUGGACUUGGAGCCGCGACGUUGGAGAAAGUUGAUCAGAGAGAAUUUCGAUGACCAGAGGAAAAAAGUCCUGCGGUUUUCUCAGUGGUGGAAACCGUACGACUGCACCAAGACUAAGGACUAGAUGGGCAGCUUCUCACAAAGGGUUACACUUUGCAGAGUAGUGAAGAUUACACACACACACUGUGGUGCAGACACUGUUGCAUCUAUGUAUUCUGAAUUUGAUGUACAAUUCAUAUUAGAUGUUCUAAUAUUAAACACUUUUAAUUCAAUAAAGAAACAAAACAACCGUGA